GUACCACGCAUUUCAUUGCCAGUUAUGUUUUUGUUAGUAGUUUUAGUGGUUCUUCUAACAGGCUCAACGGCCGCAAAUACCAAUAUCAACACGUUGUAUGCCAGUUUGCAAAAGCAAAUGCAGGUCGUUAAAGCGAUAGAGAAUCGGGAAUAUUUGACUGCCAUAAUACAGUUGAUAGAGUUAAAGUUUGAGGUGGAUCCUCCGGACAAUUUUACGAGAUUACAGCUGUAUCUCCUGCUGACGAGGCGGCUGUUAGCGGACGUGAGACUUUUCAUUAACCUAAUGUGUCAAGUAGUACAAAGGAUCAGAAACACCUCAAACAAAUUAGUCGUGAAAUUCCGAACACUACUGUAUGUAGUACGAAAUGUUACACACUUCAUCGACGUAUGGACGGAUCUCUUGCUGAACGUAACGGAACCGCUCGUACAGCCCAAACCUCACCUAAACAGAACUACCGAUGCUCCGAAGCCGUUCGAGACAGAUAUACCAAACGCUACAGUCGUCCUACAUACGUUGGGUGGUCUAUCGACUAAGGUGAUGGGUUUGGAGAGUUUCGAAAAGAGGGUGAUUCCCAAAAUCGGAAAUCCAAGUGAGGUUUCGUCAAUUACCAACGCCUUUUCGAAUAUUACGGGCGGAUUCUUGAAUAUUGCAAACAACGCACUGGAAGGCUUUCUGCAGAGCGUAAAUAGUACAUCGGUUGAGGAAACGAGCGACCAACAGCUUGAUAGUACAACGAGUGAGGGCGCAGAGACAGGCGAAGCCACUGCGUCAGAAGACACGUCGGAAACUGAUAAUGCUCCUCCAGUAUUGGGAUAUCCUGCUGAUCGGAAAGAAGAUGUUUCUUGAGAUUUUCUAACUUUUUUGCACAUUUGUAGUAUAGAAUGUGGUGGAAAAAUUGGCUUCCAUUUCUACUCGU